GACCCACUGGACAUGGACACGCGGGGACCCAAAACCCCCGGCGGGGACGCGCUGGGCGACGCGGCAGAAAAUCUAUUUCAGGAACUUCAAGAACAUUUUCAAGCUCUGACUGCAACAUUAAACCUCAGAAUGGAAGAAAUGGGAAAUCGCAUUGAGGAUCUACAGAAGAAUGUCAGUGACCUAAUGGUGCAAGCUGGGAUCGAAAAUUCUGUUAAAGAAUAAAUGACCUGAGGAUGGUAGACCAGUCACUUGAAAAUGUGAUAAAGUCAAAACUGUACUUUUAAAAUAAUAAUUUGCAUGAGUUCUGACUUUUACUACUUAAUUUAAAAAUUCAUUCUAAUAAAAAGAAAGAUUAAAAGAAUAAACAAUCCAGGAAUAACAUAAUUCAGAAAAUGAUUAACAAAGAUGGUUGUAAAAUUUUUUCAAUACAUACCUUGUAUUUAUAAAUCAUGGAAAAAAAGCAUAAGCUACAUUAGGUCAAUAUUUUUUUCCUGAAUUAAGUUCUACAUAGAUCUUUUU